UUUACUCCCUCUCAUACUCGUGGGGCAGGGGUGAGGGGGCCGCUGGGCGGCGGGACCCGCCUUUUGCAACUUGUUUCAGUUUUCACCGAGGAAAAGACUCCCCAGACGUCUUGCUGCUGGCACCGACGACGCGGAGAGAGAGAGAGGAUUUGGGAAGUGAAAGAAUUAGAUUUUGGUCUCUCGACAACCGGAAGGAAGAUAUAUAUUUUCUGCUGCAGAUCGAAUCCGAUCGCCGGAGUAGAUUCGCCCACCGCUGACGUGCUUGGUGUCAGCCCCUCAGCCACCGAAGCUGAGAUCAAGAAGGUCUACUACGUGAAGGCAAGGCAGGGGCAUCCUGAUAAAAACCAAAAUGAUCCUCUUGCAGCUCAAAAUUUUCAGGCUUUGGCAACUCCUAAUAAUCAGGCUUUGGGGGAGGCAUACCAAGUAUUAAGUGAUCCAACACAACGCCAAGCUUAUGAUGCAUAUGGAAAAUCAGGCAUUUCCACGGAUGCAAUUAUUGAUCCUGCAGCAAUCUUUGCAAUGCUUUUCGGGAGUGAGCUAUUUGAGGGGUACAUUGGUCAGCUUGCCAUGGCAUCAAUGACUUCACUUGAUAUUUUCGUUGAAGGCCAUUCAAAAAGAAAGAGAGGAGAAACUUGCAGACGCACUGAAAAACUGAUUCCACCAGUAUGUUCAAGGAAACAUAGAUGAAUUCAUUAGUCAUGCUGAAACUGAGGUCACUUCUUUUUCUGGUAGUUUCUUCUGACUUGUUAAGUAUCAAGAAUCUGAAGGUCGUGUUUGUUCGCGCAGCGAGGCCGGCAAGAGAGUUGAAUCGCCUAAAAUACUAAAAUACCCUUUUCGUUCUUUCAACUCUAUUUAAAAUGUAACAAUAAUAAUAAAAUAAAAGUGACCAAAAAUAAGGAAAAGACUCAGGAUUUCCUUGGUUCCAACCUAGAUGGUCGUUAAUCCAAGGCAGUUGCAAAGCUUAUAAGAAUCUUCUUCUUUGAAGGCGGAGAAACCUUUUAUACACAAUGAAAGCUCAAACAAUUGUUAGGAAGUUAAUACAAGAGUUGAUCUUCUAUUUCCUAGCUCCAGGAGUCUUUUUAUACCUUCUAGAAAUCCUAUCUGUAACUUGAGAGCGCCUUCAAGGGGAAUGGAGGGCGCCUCCAGCGAGACAACGAUGGAUAAAGGUUUAUCUGUUGUCAACAGCUACAUUGGCCAGGUCGAGGGUGUCUUCCAUAGGCAUGGGAGGCGCCUCCCUUGCUUAUGGAGGGUGCCUUCCAUGCCCAUGGAAGGUGCCCUCCGCUUGAAGGAAGCGGAGGCGCAUAGGGCGCCUCGGAGGCGCCUUCUAUUCCUUUAGAAGGCGCCUUCAGCAGAUUCUCCAGUCUCCAUAUGGUCUUGAGAUGCUCCAAUCGCUUGGGUGAUUACGACCUACCGAAAUAGGGCUCACCCGAACUCAAUUUUUGGUCUUCUCCUCGAGGAGGCUUCCGCUCCGGCUUCUCGUCCCUCGAACGUCGCAUACGUUC